AGUGUACAUGUUAAUGUUUAACAAAAGGUUCGAGUUUGCGUCGAGUUGAGCUUCGCUGAUUUAUUGUACACACACACACACACACAUACAUACACAUUUGACUCUCUCUAUUUCUCUCUGAGUUUCUUCUUUUUUUUACCUGGUUUCGGUUCUUCUCUUUUUACUCAAGUCCGGUUUAUUUAGUUUAUUGCCUUUUGAAAGCCACGCGAUCAGUUUUUAGUUAUGAACGAAAUGGAUUCCUCUUCAGUUUCAUCUUUAUCCCAACAAAAUGGCAACUCAAUGCACAAUGAUCCAGCCUCAUCGCCAGGUUCUCAGGAUGGCUCGGAAGAUUCAAAGACAAACCUGAUUGUCAACUAUCUACCUCAAACAAUGACCCAAGAAGAUAUUAGAGGUCUAUUUGCUUCCAUCGGUGAAGUUGAAUCAUGUAAAUUGAUUCGAGAUAAAGUUACUGGUCAAUCACUAGGCUAUGGGUUUGUCAAUUAUGUUAGAUCGGAUGACGCGGAAAAGGCCAUCAACACUCUUAACGGACUAAGGCUUCAAAAUAAGACAAUAAAGGUUUCCUUUGCCAGACCAAGCAGUGAAGCCAUAAAAGGAGCCAAUCUCUAUGUUAGCGGUUUACCUAAAGCCAUGACACAACAGGAAUUAGAACAACUAUUUGCACCGCAUGGACGAAUAAUAACAUCACGAAUACUCUGUGACAAUAUUACAGGAGUUGGUUUCGUGCGAUUUGACCAAAGAAUAGAAGCUGAGAGAGCCAUUAAGCAUCUCCAUAAUACCAUUCCAGAAGGAAGCAGCGAACCGAUAACUGUUAAAUUUGCCAAUAAUCCAAGCAAUAAUGCCAAGGCCCUUGCUCCUCUGGCUGCAUAUCUUUCACCUCAACGGCGCUUUGGUGGCCCCAUUCACCAUCCAGCAAACCGGUUCAGGUACAUUCCUCUGUCACCAAUCUCCAGAUAUUCCCCGUUAGCUGGAGAUCUUCUUGCAAACCCACUUUUAGCCACAAACGCCGUUAAUGGAACUGGUUGGUGUUUAUUUGUAUACAAUCUUGCUCCCGAUACCGAGGAGAACCUCUUAUGGCAAUUAUUUGGUCCUUUCGGUGCUGUCCAAAGUGUUAAAGUAAUUCGUGAUCUUCAAACAAACAAAUGUAAAGGUUUUGGCUUUGUCACCAUGACAAAUUACGAUGAAGCCUUGGUUGCCAUUCAAAGCCUCAACGGUUAUACUUUGGGCAAUAGAGUACUCCAAGUCUCGUUUAAGACAAGCAAAAGUAAAUGUUAAGUUUACGGAUUUAAUAGGAGAUAUCAUGGAAGGAGGAAAGAAUGAAGAAGAAGAAGAAGAAGAAGAAGAGAAAAGGAAAAACAAAUGAAAGAAAGAAGCUAAAUAAUAGAAUGGAGAAGAAAAUGAAAAUUAUUGCAACCAAAUAACAAAACAAAAUAGAGAUAUAAAAAAGAGAAUUUUUUUAUGAUAAAAGAAAGAAAAAAAAAGAUAAAACUAAUCGGAAAUUGAUAAUAUUGAGACAAAGCAUGAGAAGAUUAAAGAUGGAAACAGGAGAGAGAAAUGAGAACAGAUUGGAAAGCCCAUCCGAAUGAUAAGGAUGCUUCACGUUAAAUAGUCUUUCAUGGAAGCAGAAUUAUAUUUCGUCUAGUCUUGAAUUUGGUAUUUCCUUAAUUAUGUAAAGACUCAUUGCCUCCACCAAACCUAAUCCAAUCAACCUUCACUUUUUCCCCAAAACUUCAACCCAUCAUGUUUCAUAAGCAAACUCUUAAGGAAAAACAGAGGAAAAACAAUCGGAAACAGGAAAUUGGACAAACACACACAAAAAAAAACAAAAACGAUUCAUGUUAUCAUUCUGUGUAUUCAAAGUGAACUUCGUGUUUCAUCUUACGAUACAUCUGCAUCAGUAAUCCAACUGAAUGGUGCCAACUCUGUUAAUGGGAAGACAAUGUUUUUUUUACCUUACAUCUCUAAUAGUUAACUCUUCAUUUAUCAUUCCUGACAAAUCAUCAAUUCCCUCUCAUCGACAUCAACUUUCAUCAGUUUCUGUUUUUUAAUCCUCCAAAUGUCACUCGUUUUGGUCAAAUCUUAGCCGCUUGUAGAGAAACAAAAUUUAGAGACAAUUUCAUCUAUCGUUUGCGCCAAGUUUACCUCUCAAACUAUCAACAUUUUGCUUGGCUAAAUGUGUCUUCAAAAGGUUAACAAGAUAAAGAGUGAAAUUACAAGCCAACAAAAGAGUUAAAAACUCAUCUCAGUCUGGAUUGUUGUUAAAAUGUUGUGAACUUGAACCAGCAUUUGCAAUGGAAAGAGAAAGCUAAUUGAUAUUCAUUCCAGGAUUUCAUGUUAAACCUGAUUCUCGGAUUUACAGUGACAACUCAUCAAAAGUUGGAGUAAAACAAGAGACGGAACCAAGAAGGAAUUAAGAUGCAGAUAAUGUUGAAGCAAGAAAUGUUUGCAUUUUUCAAUCUAUUCAACCUAAAAUUCCAGAUAUUUACAUCACUUAUUGUUAUUACAAAUUGCCAUCUUCCUUUGUUGAAUCUUCAAUCUUCUUGUUCUAUCAUCGAGCCUUCAUGGUGCUUGCCUUUUCCUCCAACAAACCCGAGGAGAAAAGAGAGAAACAAAAAAAAGAUAAAAAGCAAAAGCAAGGAAAAACAACAAAAGAGGCGAAAAAAAACUAACAUCUGCCAGAGGAACAGUUGACUAUCAAAUAAAUUUGAUUAUAAGCCACUUUUACUUUCAUCUUCACGAUGAUGAUGUUACUCAGGUUUUACAGUCUCUACUCGCUACCAGUGUGUUAUAUGUGUUAACAGGAAAGGAUCCAGAAGAUCAAGAAGCCUACUCUUGAGAGGAAUCAUGAAAGCAAAAACAUUAUAUUGAACCAUCUCACAAACAUGAAAAAAAGUAACAUCAUCUACAGGAGAAAGAAACUGAGGAUGAAAAGGCAAGACUGACCAAGGGAAAUAAGAGAAAAUUGGUAACCAUAGAGAUAUCAUUUUCCAUUAUAACUUUCAUCAUCAUCAUCAUCAUCUUUAUCCCCAUUUUUACCUUUGCUUACGCAUCCUCUUUCACCCGUAUCCCUCUUCAUCUUCCCUUUCACCUUCCCUUCCUCUUCCCUACUUUUAUGAAGUUACCCUUAUUUGCCUGUGAAUCACGUCCAUGAACAAAAAAAAAGAUAAUUCAUGGACGUGAAUACCUUUUUACUCUUUUUUUUUGUCUGUCAUUCUUUGUCCUCUUUCCUCCUUCCAUCUCUUAUCUUUCCUUCAAUGAUGAUGCCAGUUAUCCUUACCUUUCUCUAGUUCAUAAAGAAGAUGGUGAAGGAUGAUGAGCAUGAAAAUAUCAUGAACACACUGAGCAAAUCACUUGAUCAUCAACCUUUUCCAGAUGAUAAAAGAGGUAGAAAUAUUUUCCCUGUAAAAAUGAGACAAAUCUAGGAAGAUGGCUAAAGAUUUGGUGAGAAACAGUAAAACCAUCCAAGAGAAAGAAUGAAAUGAUGAUGAUAUGAUGAUGAUAGGAGGAGGUGAAGGAAGAUGAAAGGCAAUAUCAAAUAUUAUAUCAAAUAUUAUAUCAAGUAUUAUAGUAAUAUAUAAAUAGAGUGGAUGAUCAAUGUUACUAAUUGAGCCUUUAAGGCAUCUUUAUGAAAAAUACAUUGAAACUGUAUCCAUCAUUGUGAUUGUAAAAUGAUUGUGUUGGCAAAGGAAAACAAAAGCAAAAUGGAAACACAACAAAAACUUGUUGAAUCAGUAUUGAUAUAAUUUUAUCCUUUGCCUUUAAUGAUAUUCAUUCAAUUGAUACUGUCAACCAUUCUCCCAAUCAUUUUACUAUUUACAUUUACUGUUUACUGGGUAAAAUGCAAGCAAAUCCAUUCACAAAGGAUAUCAUUUUACGACUUGAUUUCAUCCCUUUCUUUUCCAACCUCAUCAUCAUGCAACCAGAAAUCUGUUUCACUAAAUCUGAUGGGAAUCAUUGUCAUCACCCCUCUUCCUGGUGAUAAAAGCUCAAACUUGUUCAACUAUUAUCAAUAGUUAAACAUAUUUCAUUUGCACUUGCAAAGACAGCUUGAUCCUUAGCAAUUUCAAUUCAAGACACAUUUUUGUCUGAAUUGCGUGUUAAAGGAUCAACUUGAUAGUUACAUUUUUCACAAAAUUCAUUUCUAAUCAACAUUCUAUUAACCAUUUCAAUCCUUCCCAAUGUAUCAGCUUGAUCACAAUUUGGUUGAUUAAGAAGCCAAGUAUACUGUUAACAGUAUAUUGAAACAACACUAACCUCAACCCAUUAAUAUGAAUCUAGAUCUAGUCAGCAACUCUACGAUUGUAUGUAAAUACAGGUUAGUUUUAAUCAAGAUACAAGCUAACUCAAUUUAUCCAAUUUACAUCUAAUGAGUGUUUGCAUAAAAAGGUGGAAAUCACAGUCAAUAACACUUUAGUCCAUUUGGGUUGGCAUUUCCUAGUUGAACCUAAUUUUUAGGUAAAGUUAUCUGUUUUAAGAAGACUGUUUCAAGCCAAUUAUGCUUGUAUUAAUAAGCAUAAUAGACUUGGAGUUAUUUUGCAUUAAAUUGUUGAGACUUGACUCGCAAUUUCACUUACAGUUGAUCAAAUUAUGAUAAAUUUUUGUUCCAUUUUUACUGCAACAUUUGAAAGGACAUUUAUAGCCAUUCAAACUGAUGAAGACUUGAAAAUUUAACGACGACGUCCAACAAAAAGGUCAAUGUUCAGUUUUCAAGUUGCCAUGAAAUUUUCAACUCAUUUUCAGCAUCAUUGAAAGUUGCUAGUUUCAAAUUGCAAUUAACAACUUAAUCUUUUUACCUUUGCUAAAAUUGUACCAAUUUUUUCCUUCCUACUAAAGCUCAUUGUCUUCCUGUUCAAUUCAAGAGUAAUCAUUGUUAAUUUACCUGUUUGUAAUACAAUUUGAAUUGAAAUACAAUCAGGAACACAAAUUGAACCGAGUAAUCUUUACAUUGAGAAAGGUUGAACAAGCAAACAACAAUGUAAUUAACAUUAAAAAAUCAGUAUAUUUUGUUAAUUUGUGUGCUUGUGAGAUGCUAUUCUCAUAACAUGUAAUUAAACAUAAUUAGCAUCAAUUUUGUUGCAAGAAAAAAAUUGAUUAACAUCUUUGAUCAAUUGAAAGGCAAGAAACCCAAGAAAAGAGGAGGAUAAAAAUCAGCAAAUCUAGUAAUUAAGUUGAAAGGUUAUUUAAUAAUCUUGCCUUUUACUCUGAAUUUUGCUUUAAUUACAGCAUAAUCCAGAUUAAAUCAAUUAAACAAAAUAGCAUGAUUGAUUGAACACAUAACAAAAACAUUGGUUUGCAGUGAAACUUGAAUGUAAUUUGAUUUACAAAAUCAACUUCAAGUGAAACUUCAAAUUCAAAGGCCAUUCACAAAGGUGCUAAUCUCAUUGAUUAAGGUUAAUUUUUUUCUUCAAUCGACAUUUAUCAGCAUCAUUUUCAUUCUGAAAAUUACUUUUGAUUAACUCAUUACUAGAUUAUUGUCUCUAUUAUUACAUGUAUCAUCAUCAUUCUCAUCAUCAACAUCAUUCAGUUUUUACACCACGAUUCAGUUUCUCAGUUUAUCUCUUGGAUUUUCUUGUUUCUCUCAAAUGUCAACUCAACAUUUAACAUUAUAAAUGUCAAUAGGAAUGAUUUGUCAUCUUCAUCAUCUUCUUCUUCCUCUUCCUUUCAACCCAAAAAUUUAAACUCUAAAUCAAUUUUUAGUUUAAUUUUCCCUCUCUUCCCAUUUGAUUGGCAGCCAUUGGUUGCUAAGCCAACAAGCAGUUACAAUGAAAGUGAAUCAAUCCUUCGAUUAACCAUUAUUUAUAAUAAUAUCUUCAAUCAAUUGCUGGUGAAUCCUUAUUUUUUAUUUAACAGUUCUGUUCAGCAACAUCAAUAACAACCAACAUCAUCGUCUACAACAUCAUCAUCAUUACCAUCAACAACAACAUCAAUUUAAUCAUAGAUGAUACAAAAAUUGCCAGCAAAAUGAAACACAAGAAAGUGAAAAUUGAAGACACACCAAAAGAAUGGCAACUCAGAAUUGAACCGUUUCGAUGUUUUUCCUUUGUUUUUCCUUUACCAUUCCAACUCUUCUCAUCAUUUCCAUUCUUCGUACAUCAUCAUCAUCUUCAUCAUCCUCACUUCCCUUUCCUCAACCCUCUUUCCCUUCUUAAAUAAGCUUUCCAUUUUAUCGAUUAAUCGAUUUCGAUUGGUUUUGAGUGGAUUUUUGUCUUUUUAUCUUCUACACAAACUCACACAACUCAACAACAUCAGCAAACCUUGAGCAUCCUUUUCACUGCUUAUCCUUUUUCAUCCUCAUUUCUUCCUUCUUACAUCGUCAGAAAACAAAAAAAUAUCAAUUGUGUUUCUUCAAUUUUACUCCUUUUGUUUCUCCUUUUACCAAAAAACAACAACCAAGCCAAACAAACGUCUUAAGAAGAUAUUUAUCUCUUAAUUUAAUUCAUUCUAGUCCUUUUUUCCCCCCUCUCUUCACAUAAUAUUAUUACUUAUAUCUUAUUAUGAUUAUGAUUAUAUUUCGUCUUAUUAUUAUUAGUAUAUCAUUCUUUGAUCACUUUUUAUCCCAAUCCUUUUCAUCCAAUAACCAAAUGUUUGCUUUUUACUCAACUCAUCAUUUCAACUUUUUUUCCCAAAUGUUAUUGAUAUUUGAGUGCGUAACAACAACCAACAACACAAUGUAAUACCCAUUUUUUCCGUAUUUCAGUUAAUCAACAAUUAUCAAUUCCUCUUGUUUAUCAAUAAUUUUAAUUUAACAUUUUAUUUGUCUUGCUAUUAUGAUUAUUAUUCAUUCCUAAUUAUAUUAUGAUUAUUAUAUGUUUCAUUUGAAAGUGGAAAACAAAUUUAACCCAAAAAAAACACAAAUACAUAUGUUCGUAUUUAAAAACAAUUGGUAUUAUGAGUAUUAUUAUUAUUAUUAUUAUGAUUAUUAUUAUUGAGUAUUGAUCAGUUUGACGAUUAUCUUGAUUGGGGCCAAGACGAAGAUGCACAUUCUUAUGUUAUCCUUUCCUCUCUUCCUCCAUCUUCUGAACAUUUUCUCUCUAUCAUGAUGAACUUCAAUACAGGGUGUUAAGGAAACUCAUGUGAGGGAAAAAAUCAUUUCCCUUGCGCAUUAAACCCAUUUUCUGAUGUUAUGGUAAGCCGCUAUUCCUAAGCGCAUUUUGAUACUCUGCCUCACACGAACUUGACACCCUGUACAGUGAAGUACCAGUAAUUGCGACUAAAUUUAUAUAAGACCAUAGGUUGUUCAAUAUUUGAAUAAAUGUGAUCAUGUCUCGGCGUUUUUUUAACAUAAAAUUCAAAAAAUUAGAAACUCUUUCAAUUGUUGACCACAAAAUCUGGUCAAAAGAAGAUUUUGAACAAAACUAUUUAGAUUUGUUGAAAUUAAUUUUACUAAUUAGAAAACAUUUGCACGUAAAAUAGCUUCUCUGCUAUUUAAAGAGAGUCACAAUUACUGUACCUGACUGUAAUGAAAUAACACACAAAAUACUGGCUCAAAAGGCGUACUGUUAACCAAAAGUCAACCCAACAGUUAACAGUGAAACCAGAAAAUUUGAAAAUGUAAAAGAAACGCCAAAGCAAACCCAAAAAAAGAUCAAACGGUUUACCAGAAAAGGCAAAAUCUGGUAAACAUCUUUUCGGCUUUUAACCCAAUACAUCUUGACAGAUGACAACCAAUGUUAUAAAGACGAUAAUUAUGGUGAUGAUGAUUUGAUUGAAAUUAUUAUUAAUCUAGAGAAUCUAACACACAUGAAUUGGUAAAUGGAUGAAGAUGAAGAGGAAUAAUGAAGGAGAUAAAAAAAAGUGAAUUUUAUUCUUCUUUUUACCAGAAAACUUUUGUUUCCUUUCAAAAGGCAAAAUUAACAUUUCAACCCUUUCUUUUCGUCUUCAGUCUUCAGUUUUUUUUUCUUCUUCUACUUCAACAUUUCAUCUACAUUGUCAUUUUAAUGGUUAAUACAAUUAGGUUGGCUUCUUCCUAAUUCUUAUUAGACACACACACACAAAAAAACGAGAAAACAUUUUUCAACCCAAAAAAAUUAACAUUAUACUUAAAAAACGUAAUUUAAUUAUAUUAUGAUUAUUAUUAUUCACUUUUCUUUUGCUAAGCCAAUUUGCUUGAUUACUUUAUAUAUAAAAGCACACAAAACCUGCAAAGCAAGCAAAAAGGAUGCCAACAGCUUGACUAACUUGUUAACAGCGUUUACAAUUUACUUGGGAUUUUACUUGCUACUUCGUCUUAUUAUUAUCAUUACGUAUUAUUAUCAUUCCUGAUCAUUAUUCUGAUUAUCAUUCUUAUGGUUCUAUUAUUCCUUAAGCGAAACUCAAUAUUUUAAAAUAUUUACUAAAUUUUUUGCUUGUGUGUGACGUUUUGACUUGAUUUUUUCGUAAACAAGAAACUUAUAAUUUGCUUCAACCACCCGCAAACAACCCACCAAAAAGACCAUCGAUUAAGAAAACAAAAUCUUUCUAACGAUUGCCAUUGUAAUGGUCAUCCUUGUCGUCAUUCAUCAUCAUCAACAUAAUCAUCGUUAAUGUUAACGGCAAUGUGUAAUGUAUGGAUCUCGCAACUUGGAUGUAAAAAAUUUUCCAGAAAAAAAACGAUUCCAUUCGGAUUCCCUUUCCAUCUUGAUAUGCCACUUUGAUUACCCUUAGUAAAAUUUGAACCAUCUUUUUUGUAUCCGUAAUUGUAUAUCGAGGUAAUCAGAAUAUUUCUGGAAUCAGACAAAAAAAAGAAUGAAAAUUAUUAUAAAAAUUGAUACAAAAAAUAGAGAUUUAAAAAACGAGAAAAGAACAUCAAAAGUAAAAAUAUAAAUAAAGCAAAAUUUGACUAAUAAAUUGUAAUAAUGAAUACUUGUGUUGUCAAUGUGAAAUUGAAACAUUGAACUCCUUUUCACAGCAAAUUUGAAACAAUUUGAAAAGGCCUAAUGAAAAAAUAUACACAAAUUAUUGUAAAUAACCUGGGGGGUUGGUAACAAGUAAAGGCCAAUGUUUUAAAUGAUAAA